GUAACACGUCACACGUAACUCCCCUUGUUUCCCCAUAAAAUCACGACACUGUUUCAACGUAUACCCUCCCGCUCGUAUAUUGAUAUUGCUCGGAUGACCCACUAAAUAAAUUUUAAAGUGGGUCAUCGCUAUCGUAUACGGUCAAUAGCCACACCUAAAUAUAUGAGCGGAAGGAUAUGUCACAUAGAUCACAGAGGCGCCUCGAGGAGACAGCGUCCCGAUUCAAAUUUCGGCGCCAGUCACGUGUCCAAGAUGGCGGCCGACGAGAGCGCGCGUGGCCAAUCAAUAAACACGAUGUUGACCCCUCCACGCCACGUGUACCCUGCGGUUUAUCCAAUCCUGCCCUGCGAGUUACAUCGCCCUCGACGUUUCAACAAGAACCCGACAUCCACCAGGAUCACCACCCCCAGGUUAUGUGGCGGUUUAAAGGUCCCCGUGAGCCCGCCUUCGCGAUCCAAGAUGGCGGCCAGUUUCUAGUCUUCGCUAGACCAUUCGAGCGGCGAGAUUCCGGCCCUUUGGCGGAAAUAUUCUACGAAGAUCGUCGAGGGUAAACGCGAGCCAUUGGCCGACUCCACCACAGCUGAGAGGAGGGCGCCCAGAGACGACGCGACGACAAAGAUAUCCGCCCCUCUCGAGGCUCCUCCGCAUGACGAGGCGCGAUAAAGAGGUAACGGUGACGCGUUUAGGAGCAACGCUCGGUCCCUGCCGGAGAGUGCGAGGACGCGUCACGCGUUAACGACCGACAAGGUCGGCGCGCCUCCGCCUCGUGUCGCGACGCGGACCGGGCCCUGUCAUCCUCCGGUUAUAGGCGCCACGCAGUGACCCCGUUCCGACGACCUCCGUCAGGGACCGAAAUACCGGCCCUGC